UCCUCCACUCCAACACAAAAUCUCAUCACACUAGCUAGCCAGCCAGAGCCAAGAGCAUCACACAAGCUCAUCACUCUUCACACAAAUCCAAGCUCUCUCUAGCCAGUGCCGCCAAUGGCAACCACCACCAAGCAGGCCCUGGCGCUCCUCCUCCUGGCGCUCCUCCCUCUAAGCACCCUCUGUUCCCGCGCCGGCCCGUCCGCGCACCGCAGCCACGCCCCCAAGCACUCGCCUCCAUCUCCACCGCCACCCGCCCCGACGGCCGCCGCGCUGGUGCGCGCCACGUGCAACUCCACGACCUACUACGACGUCUGCGUGUCCGCGCUGGGCGCCGACCCGACCAGCGCCACCGCCGACGUGCGGGGCCUCUCCGCCAUCGCCGUCUCGGCCGCCGCCGCCAACGCCUCGGGCGGCGCGGCCACGGCUGCCGCGCUGGCGAACGGCACCGCGACCGCGCAGGCGCCCUCCGGCGCCGACGCCACAGUGCAGGCGCUGCUCCGCACGUGCGCCGCCAAGUACGUCGACGCCCGGGACGCGCUGUCGGCCGCGAGGGACUCCAUCGCGGUGCAGGACUACGACUACGCGUCGGUGCACGUGAGCGCGGCGGCGGAGUACCCCAAGGUGUGCGAGGCGCUGUUCCGGCGGCAGAGGCCAGGGGCGUACCCGGCGGAGCUGGCGGCGAGGGAGGAGGCGCUCGAGAAGCUCUGCUCCGUGGCGCUCGACAUCAUCGCGCUGCUCUCCAACAGCAGCUGAUCCAUUCGCCCAUCAUGCAAGUGAUCACCGACGUUGCCUACUUACUUGCCUUACUCCAUUCGUUCAUGUCCAAUAUAAUACGUACUCAGCUACGUGUAAUGACACGUACAUGGUCCAUGAUUUCGCUAGUAUAUAUAUACUACUAGUACUCGUGCACUUGUUAAUCUGUACGUACUCGAGUGUUGAGUUGAUAAUAUCGUUGUACUGUUGGUUAACUCCUGAUGAAGAAAUGUGUACUUAGUUCCAAAA